AUGACUGAGCGAAAGGCCGUGAUCAAGAAUGCCGAUAUGUCGGAAGACAUGCAGACCGACGCCGUCGAAUGCGCCACCCAGGCCCUCGAAAAGUACAAUAUCGAAAAGGACAUUGCUGCUUUCAUCAAAAAAGAAUUCGACAAGAAAUAUGGCCCCACCUGGCACUGCAUCGUCGGCCGAAACUUCGGCUCCUACGUCACCCACGAGACGAAGCACUUUAUUUACUUCUACCUUGGCCAGGUCGCCAUCUUGCUUUUCAAGUCUGGAUAA